UAUUGUCCCAUAUCGAAGCGACAUCUUGGUCUUUCAGUACGCUUCCGAGAGCAAUAUAGUAUAACCAUACAAUUUAAAGUCCGAUGGUUAAUAGUUUGUGUAAUAAAUAAAUAUUCAAAAAGUUACGACUAUAUUGUUUCUAAAAUAAAUAUAAAAGCAUUAUCGAUACAAAUAACAAUCGCAUUAUUACAGCAAAAAAAUGAUUUCGAUGAUCAGCAGUAAACUAAUAAAGACUACAAUACUUAGUCUAGUUUGGAGUUUGAAUAUAAGUUUGCUGUCUGUGGCUGCAACACCAACUUUGCUGAAACAAAACAUUACUGCAACAAAUAAUAUAUCUACUUCAGAGAAUAUAGAUAAUAUUACAAAUGGCUUAUUCAAUUGGGAAGAUUACAGUGUAUUGGCAGUAAUGUUAAUAGUUUCAUGUGCGAUUGGCGUCUUUUACGGAUUUUUUGGAGAGAAACAAACGAGCGGAGAUGAUUUUCUUCUCGGUGGAUCUACGAUGGGAACUUUACCUAUGACCUUAAGUUUAGCUACAAGUUUUAUAACAGCCAUCGAGUUAUUAGGAAAUCCGGCAGAGAUGUAUAUGGCUGGAGGGCAGUUUUGGAUGAUUUGUAUAGCAUUUAUACUCGUCGUGCCUAUUGCUAGUCAUUUGUAUGUACCCGUAUUUAUGAGACUUCGGCUUACGUCUUGCUACGAGUAUUUGGAAGUGCGAUUCUCUAAGAGUGUUCGAGUGUACGCAAGUGCACUGUAUAUGAUGCAGAUGAUAUUGUACACGUCGGUGGCAGUCUACGCGCCAGCUCUCGCUCUAUCUGAUGUGACUGGUCUCAACACCUAUUUGGCCGUAUCGCUUGUGUAUCUAGUAUGCAUUUUUUAUUCAUCUCAGGGCGGCAUGAAAGCUGUGAUAAUGACAGAUGCAUUUCAAUCAGUUGUCAUAGUGGGCUCGUUGGUGGUGAUACUAGUAUUGGGUGCGGCGCACGUGGGCGGAAUGGACCUUGUUUGGGACCAUGCACGACGCACCGACAGACUGCAUUUCUUCAACAUGAACCCAGAUCCCACGGUGCGGCAUUCAUUUUGGUCAGUGGUGGUUGGCGGCACCAUAUAUUGGACAAGCAUGUUCUGUGCUAAUCAGGCCACCAUACAGAAAUAUCUAUCAGUGGAAUGUAUCAGUCAAGUGCGAACAGCAUUAUGGGCAUCCGCUUUUGGCUUGAUAAGUCUGUACUCCAUUAAUUUUGCGACUGGCGCUGUUCUAGCAGAAUAUUAUGCUGAUUGUGAUCCAAUUCAGGCAAGCGUAAUAAAUGCAUCUGAUCGACUGCUCCCACUGUUUGUGGUACGACAACUUGGUGAAGCCAGAGGUGUGCCGGGUUUCUUCGUCGCGGGUAUUUUCGCAGCUAGUCUUGGAACAGUAGCGUCAGCAUUGAAUUCUCUGGCGGCUGUAGCGUGUCAAGAUUUUAUUAUAGGACUUUUCGGUAUCACACUACAAGAAAAUAAAGGAGCAUUAGUAGCCCGUUGGAUAUGUGUAGUCUGUGGGCUAUUAUCCUUCGCGCUCGUGUUUGCAGUGGAACGACUCGGGCCGCUGUUGCAGUUGGCGGUCUCGUUUAAUGGCAUGACGGGAGGUGUCUCACUCGGUCUUUUUACUCUUGGAAUGCUGUUCCCAUGGGCUAAUGCUAAGGGUGCUAUUACUGGCGGGAUUCUCGGCCUUCUAUUAGUAUUGACAGCCGGGGGUGGAGCUCAAGUGGCACAAGUAUCACCUUCGCGUCUUCCAUUUUCCACCGAGGGUUGUAUUCAAAAUCAAACACAUAUUUAUCACACGGAACCCAGAGACGAGGCGGUAUUUUGGUUAUUCCGCAUAUCCUAUCUGUGGUACUCGGGUCUAGGCUGUGCAACCACGUUACUGGUCGGACUGAUCGUGUCAGUAAUCACAGGCGUGACGAAUCCAGCUUAUGUUCCUAUAGAUAUGAUAUCACCGCCUGUAAUUAAAUUGCUAACUUCAUUGCCAGUUAAAAUAAAGAAAAUGUUACGCGUGUCAUCGCUUCUGGGUUCUGGAAGCAGACGCAGUUCAAGUGUUCGCCCGCCCAAUUUGACAGACAACAAGGACACACGCCGCCGACGAAGGCUAUCUGAAAUGGCUGGCGGAGUAUUCUACAGCGAUGCAUUUAAUCUAACAUGUGGCCACAACAACCUCGCUUUAGAUUCCGAAAAGCCUAUUGAAGAAAGUCAAUUGUCCACUUUCAAAUUAGAACACAUAUCAGAUAAUACCAUAGCUUGAGACUAUUAACAAAUAUUUUACGUGCAAAUUAUUAUUAAAUUAUUAUUACAUUAAUAUACUAAAUAAAACAAAUUAUUUGAUACUUUA